CCGAUACACGGGGCAGGGCCGAGCAGCUUCCGGCUGGCCGCGCUGCACCGGGCGCUUCCAGGGAGCGGCGGGGCCGGGGGUCCUGGGGCGGCUCGGGGCGGCCUCAUUGGGGAUUCCCGCCCGCUCCGCCGCGCCCUCGCCGCCCUGCCCCCCCCGCGCCUCCGCCGGGCUCCCCUCUGAGGGCUUCAGCCUUGCCUGAGCGGGGCCUGCGGUGUCCCGCAGCUCUCCCUUCCCUCAUCCUUCCACCUCCCUGCCCCGGGGUCGAGCUGGCUUUCUCCGUCGCGCCAGGAAACGCGGUCACCCUUCGGGUUAUGCCCCUGCCAGCCCUUGGUGGCACCGGGCAGGGCUGCCCGCGUGUUGGAGGCCGUCCUGAGCUCCUCGAAGCUUCUCCAUCCCCUCCCUGUUGCUGUCACUGAGGUUGUACCCCUGUUUCCCCCAACAAGUGUUGGUGGCAGAGGCCCUCCCGAGCCCCUUUGUCAGCAAGGAUGGAGUUUGCAGAGCUUAUCAAGACCCCUCGCGCGGACAACGUUGUCCUGCACCGCCCGUUCUACCUGGCCGUGGAGGGGACGCUGUGCUUGACAGGUCAUCACCUCAUUUUUUCUUCACGGCGUCAAGACAAUGCUGAGGAGCUGUGGCUGCUGCACUCCAACAUAGAUUCCAUUGAGAAAAGGUUUGUGGGCUCGUUGGGUACCAUCAUUAUAAAAUGCAAAGAUCUGCGAAUUAUCCAGCUGGACAUACCUGGGAUGGAGGAGUGUUUGAACAUUGCUAGCUCUAUUGAGGCACUUUCCACUUUGGAUUCUGUUACUCUCAUGUAUCCCUUCUUCUACCGGCCGAUGUUUGAAAUUGUUGAAGAUGGCUGGCGCUCUUUUCUGCCUGACCAAGAAUUUGAGCUCCUCAGUUCAGUGACAGAUGAAUGGCGUCUAAGCUGCAUCAAUAAGGAAUUCUCUGUCUGUCCCUCCUACCCUCCAAUUGUCAUGGUCCCCAAAUCCAUCGAUGAUGAAGCCCUUCGGAAAGUUGCCAUGUUUCGCCAUGGCAGUCGCUUCCCAGUCCUCAGCUAUUACCAUAAGAAAAAUGGAAUGGUCAUGAUGCGAAGUAGCCAGCCUCUUACAGGUACGAAUGGCAGACGGUGUAAAGAAGACGAGAAGCUUAUUAAUGCCACUCUGCGUCCUGGCAAGCGUGGCUACAUUAUUGAUACGAGGUCCUUGAAUGUUGCCCAGCAGGCCAGGGCCAAAGGAGGUGGCUUUGAACAGGAAGCACACUAUCCCCAGUGGAGGAGGAUUCACAAAUGUAUUGAGAGGUUUAAUAUCCUACAGGAAAGCCUUAUCAAACUUGUGGAAGCUUGUAAUGACCAGUCUCACAAUAUGGACCGCUGGCUCAGUAAACUGGAAGCUUCCAACUGGCUGACUCACAUCAAGGAGAUACUAACUGCAGCUUGUCUAGCUGCUCAGUGUAUUGACAGGGAAGGUGCAUCAGUGUUGGUCCAUGGGACUGAAGGAACUGAUUCAACACUCCAGGUAACUUCUCUGGCACAGAUUAUCUUGGAUCCAAGGUGCAGGACCAUACGUGGCUUUGAAUCUCUUGUUGUGAGGGAGUGGUUACAGGCGGGUCACCCUUUUCAGCAGCGCUGUGCCCAAUCAGCCUAUUCAAAUAGCAAGCAGAAGUGGGAAGCCCCGGUGUUUCUCCUUUUUUUGGACUGUGUGUGGCAAAUCCUUCGUCAGUUCCCUUGCUCUUUUGAAUUCAAUGAACAGUUCCUCAUCAUGCUCUUUGAACAUGCUUAUGCUUCACAGUUUGGGACAUUCCUGGGAAACAAUGAAAAUGAAAGGUCUAAACUGAAGCUACCGCAAAAGACUAUGUCCCUGUGGUCCUGGGUGAACAGGUCUGAAGAGCUGAGCAAAUUCCAGAAUCCUCUUUAUGAGGCCAACAGCCUUGUCAUCUGGCCCUCUGUUGCCCCGCAGAGCCUGCAGCUCUGGGAAGGUGUCUUUCUUCGGUGGAACAGGCCUUCCAAGUUCCUAGAUGAAGCCCAUGAAGAAAUGAUCAACAUUAUAAAAUACAACAAAGAACUGCAGGCAAAGGUUAAUGCAUUGAGGCGGCAGCUAGCAGAGAUGGAAACAGAUGAUAGGAUGCAGGAAAACCUGUGAGCUGGCAGGGCUUUGCCUCGGGUCUUUCCUUUCCAGUCCUCUUUACGUUAAAGACUGAACAUGGAAAAUGCAUGUGUUGCAGAGCUCUCUGGGUACAGUUAACCCCCAGUCCUCCCACUGCUGAAACGUUCACAUUAUGUAUCUCCCUGCUUUUUGGGAGGGAUUUUUGUUUUGUUUACAGAAGAUGUACUCAACUGGGCAUAAGUGUCCUCUCUUGGCAGCUUUUCUGUCUCAAAAUUGUCUGGUGUCAGCAGAAGCUGGAACUCUUACCUCCACUCAACUGUAUGGAUGACCAGGAUGGGCCAAGAGACAGGAUGUUUUAAACUUGCUUUGGACUUUUGUCUGGUUUUGUUGAACUCUCUAAACACUUGGCAGGAUCAAAAUACAAAGUUAUGUAUAGAUAGGUAAAGGUAUUUUGUCUGAAGCACCUUUUCUCUCUCCAAGAGUAAGUAAGGCAGCUUAGGUCUUUAGUUUCCUAGAAAAACUAGAAAAUUAUAUAAUCCAACUACAGGUUCUACCAGUCUGUAUGAUCCUCUCAGUAGCCUUCACAUCUGGCACUUGAGUUUUUGUGUUAAGCGUUGGCUUGGGAGCAGUUAAGUUGAAUACCAAACCAGAACAAGAAAUUUCAGUGCAAUACAGAACUGAAGUAGGGAUUCUGCUGCUAAUGUUUAAGCCAUGAUCUUCAGGUGGAAUUCUUCCUCAUGGGCAAGUAUCUCCUAAGAAAUAACAACCUUUUCGGUUUUUUUUUAUUCUACCUGGAAAACAAAAAGGUUAAGGAGUUGGCAGAGGUGUUCACUGGCAGAGCAGUGGCUCAGAGCUGUCCUUUUAACUAGAGCCAGGCUGCCUUCUUGAACCUUUGGACUGCACUGGCUGCUUUUGUACAUUUGAUCAGCCUUACAGCGUUGCUAUAGUGCAAGAGCAGCACUUAACCUACAGCUCAACAAAACGCUUUUGCUCCACCUGGUGCACUUUUUCCUCUCACAUUCUCACUAUAUCUUUUGUGAAUCAUUAAAAGCAGAAGUUGAAAGCUAAGAUGAUCUAACAUGUCAGGUAGCUGCUGCAGAUUAAGAGGCCAUCACACUACAAAAAUGUUAAUAGUUUAGAUCGUUUGUAGCUGCUAAAACUGCUUAAAGACUUUAGGGAUAAGCUUUUUCUCAAGUAGCCUUGUAUUUUGUACCUGAUCUUUCUGUUUCUGUGGCUGCAAUUUGCUUCUUUUUUUUUUUACGAAAUCAGAGAUUUUGCUAGAAUUUUUUUUUUUUAAUUGGGCAGAUAAGAGAGUGUGAAAUAUUAACUCACCUAGACAUUUGUUCAGCUUGAAUCCAUUCAUAGCUGUAGAUGACUGAGAAGACUUGAAUUAACAACAGUGCAUGUGACUGGGAUUAUCUUAAAAGGUGCUUGCUGUUAGCCUGUUUCUACUGAAAUAAAUGGAGCUGUGUUAGGUCACUGUUGAUCUCUUUGGAAACUGUUGAGCUUCCAUGACACUUUAUGCUGUUUUGGAAUGAAACUGCCUUUAUUUAAAGUCACUUCACGUAAAGAAAGAUAGAUGUGACAAUGGAGAGUCUCCAGUUGUCAUAGAAGUAUCUGGAGAAUAAUUUUUUGCUAAAGUCAUGUAAUCACUAAAUAUAUUCUAUAACCAAGGAAACACUAUAAAAUUAUUUGAUAAAGUGUUACCUUAACACUUUUUGCUUCAGUCCUUAUUUCCUUAAUUAUUUUCUUCUUAACCAACCUAAGCUUAGUUCUAAAGUCGUGUGGCUUGAAAAAUAAAAAGAUCCCCUUUAAACCAUUACUCACUUAAGGGGGAAAAAUAAUUCCCUCUGCUUGUAAUACCCAUUUAUUUUUUGGGGUUUGGAGAGAAACAGUCCUGUUUACUACAUCAAGUCUGACAUAGGGAGCAAUUCUUAGGGUGGCUGGUGAUCUUUACUGAGUAACAGAGGAGGCACAAGUAGACCAUGCCUCCCACCAACCUCCCAACCAGGGCUUCUGGAGUUGCCUUCUGGGUAGAUUGCAAAUGUAAGACAUUAAAAUUAUUGUUCACCCUUUAAAAUUAGGUCUGUGGGAUCUGCACCUGCCUGGAUGUUGUAUCCCUAUCCAAUUCAGAAUUCAUUCUGUUCCUUUACAUCUGAAAUACGUAAGUGCCAGCCAGCUGGGAAGGACUCCGAAGGCACUGUUUUCCCCAUAAUAGAUGAUACAUAAAACACUCUUAAAGGUUAUGCAAUUUCCUAACAUAGUAAUUAUAUAUUGAGCUAAAUAAUAGAGAAGCAAAGAGGGGUUUUUUUGAUCUAAUUGCCUGGCUGCUCUAGUCUCAUACAAACUGCAGGCAUCUGAGGAAAUUGGGUAACCAGCUGUGACAGCUAACAAAAGGCAGAAAAUGCUCUCUGAGCUGGCAUUUCAUCCUCGAGUUCUGUUUCAGGACUGAAUCCACACCCACGGGCUGUGUGCUUGCCUUGGCUUAGUGUGGAUCACAGCUUUCAUGUGAAAACAUUAGUGUUGUUCUGAGCAGCCACAGCACUUUCAUCCCCGAUUCCUCUGCUGUACAUCACCUUGUAUUCACAGCAAACAGUAGGAGCUGGAGGCUCUAGUUAACCUGCAAAUAAUCACCUUCAGGAGAUGCUGCCUGGAGCAGUCCUGCAAGGUACUACACGUGAUGGGGUUGAGACAAGAUGUCUCCUGGGAGAAGAGGGUUCACAGACCAGUGUCAGGCUGUUUGCACAUUGCUCUUUUCAUUCCCCAUGAUUCACAGGCUCCAGUCUGGUGGCUACUGGUGUGAUACACAGUGGAGCACUCCACUUCCUCGCUUACCUGCAUGUCCGUUGUAUUUAUUCACAUAUUUAAUGUUGAUGAGCAGCUUGUUUCCUCUUAGAGGGGGAUGUUUGCAGGAUUCUGCCUUGUGAAGUCACUGACACCCUGUUUUUAGAGUAUGUGCAUCUCCCUGAGCUGUAAGCACUGUAGUAGGUGCCCAGUUCCAUUUCUUCAGUCUGACACUGCCUUACACGCUUGCCGGCACCCCUACUUCUCUUUUGCACAUUGCUAGCUGUGUAAUAAGCUGCACGCUGAGGCCCCCCUCCCCAAACUCUGGGGUCAAUCAAUGUGGACACUCUGCCAUUUACCAAAAAAAGAAAAAAAGGGAAAAGGAACUAACUUGCACAAUUUUCAUAAGGGAAUAUAAUAUGUACUUUCAAUAUUUUGAUUGUAUUGAUCUAAUUCUUGAAUGUGGUGACUGGUUUAAGUGCACUGUUGUCCAUGUUCCAUAUAAGAAAUUGCACUGUACAGCAUAUUGGCGCCUAACGUAUGCUUUGCUAAAGCCUUGGAAAGUUCUAUCCCAUGUGGGCUCCUGUAUGAGGAAAAAUGUCCAUUCUAGCACUCCUUCUGUGACUGUGCCACUGACCAGCACUGCGUGAUGUGUGCUAUGUAUCUGUUAACUAGCGCAAACCUAAGUGAUGAGUGCACUUCUGUCUAAACAUCUGGGAUUGUUAAUUGGACUUGGCUGCUGCAUCAGUCUUGAUUUUUAUUUUUUUUUUUAAAUGAAAUAAGUAACAGAGCUGAGAGUUGUGUGCUGUUGUUAGAUAUAUGCUGUAUGUGUACAGAAUUCCAGCUGCUGCGGUUUUCAAUAUAUUGCAAAAGAAAGGAACAAAUGGAGAAAAACGGUCAUGGCUCAAAUUGCUCAGCCAUUUGGACGAGGGAAAAAACAGGUACAAAGUGGCUGUAAACUUUGCUGUAGAUAUGUUGAGAACACAGUAGAAAUGUCUGUUCAAAUUAAAACCUUGAAUAUUCUGAAAAGUUCCUUAAUUACAGUGGUGAAUUUUCUUUAUUAGCCCUGCCUUCACUUGCCAUUGGCGGGAUGUGUGUGUGACUUGGGUGUAAGCUCUUACCUGAAACUUUUGUUCUUUUCAACUCACUUGUGUUUUCUCCUACAGCUUAAUAUGGGCUGUGGUGGUAGAAGAGGAUUUUGUGCUGCAGGGCAGCAUGCGAAGGAUAAGGUUGAGACCCUGCAUCUGUGCAUAGUUUGCAGAGCUCUGCCCCUAUCGAUUGUUCCUUUAACAUCAGCUCUGCACGUGAUGAAUAAACAAUUCAUAGAAUCAUAGAAUGGUUUGGGUCAGAAGGGACCUGAAAGAUCAUCCAGUUCCAACCCCCCUGCCAUGGGCAGGGACACCUUUCACUGGAUCAGGUUGCUGUCAGCCUCGUCCAACCUGGCCUUGAACACCUCCAGGUACAGGGUGUCCAUGACUUCUCUGGGCAACCUGUGCCACUGCCUCCCCACCUUCACAGGAAAAAUUUUUUUCCUAAUAUCUAAUCUAAAUCUGCCCUUGUUCAUCUUCAAAUCAUUAUCCCUUGUCUUAAUUAACUUAGCUAAGACUUCACACUUGUGUCGAACCCUCUAAAGUAAAGCAGGUGGAUGUCUUGAAAGGGAGAGUGGUUUGGAAUGAAGCAAAACCUUGCAAGAAUUCCAUCAGUGGAGAUGAGCUCACAGUUCUCUAUUGAUUUUUAAGGGUUGUGGGGUGCCUAACUGUACUUGCCAGGGGAAGGAGUGAAAAGAGGACAAGCCAUUCUUGGAGAAACAGAGUCUGUGAACCAUGGACACUCGUGAAUCUCUCCUGGCUGGUGGGUCAGUAGGCUGUGAAGCACUGGGCUGUCUGUUGCCCUGUGACAUCAUUUGUGGUCUCUGGAAGGUCAAGAAUUUGUGUAGCUUCUGGCAUUUCAGCAGAUGGAGACUCGGGGAGGGGGGUGUGUGUGCACUGCCUUGCAGCAUCUUGUCCUGUAUGAUAACUCAGUGAAGGGUGCUGAAAGUUUUGGUGUGAAAAGAUUGAUUUUUCAGUCCUGUUUGUGCAAAACAUUUGCAGAAGUCCCAGCUGAAGCAGAGUGGGUCUAUUUUAAAAUAUUUUUAGCUAUAAUAAGGCAGCCUAAUCUGGUUUAAGCUUGAAUUUGGAGACCAGAGGAGAAAAUAACUAUCUGAUCGAAUGUUUGAAUUUCUUUUUAUUUAACAUUCCUUCUUAUUUGUCAUUUGAGGGCAUUUUUAGUCCAGGAGUUUUAAACCAAAUAUAUAAAGACUCUUGAAUAUUUAAAAGCUUAUAAAGUCACAUACCGGAUUCAAACUGGAUGCCACUCAUGAAAAUGCCAUGUGUUUAAAGAGCUUGACCUGGGCCUUGGUCUGUGACUCACUUCAGCUGUAGCUUCCCCAAGCCUCCCUUUAAGUCAUGUGGCAUCAGCUCUGUCCCAUCUUGGUGCUUACUACUCUGUUCACCAGCUUUGCCAAGGUUAUGCAGGGUAGGGAAUAGGAAGACAAUUACUUGGAAUCAUGAGAUGGUUAGGGUUGGAAGGGACCUCAAAGCCCAUUCAGUUCCAACCCCCCCUGCCUUGGGCAGGGACACCUCCCACUGGAUCAGGUUGCUCAAAGCCCCAUCCAACCUUGCCUUGAACAUCUCCAGGGAUGAGGCAUCCACAACUUCUCUGUGCAACCUGUGCCAGUGCCUCACUACCUUCACAGGAAAACAUUUCUCCCUAAUAUCUAACCUAAAUCUGUCCUCUUUCAUAUUAAAACUGUUACCCCUUGUCUUAUCACUGAGCUCAUUCCCAGCAUUCCUGUAGGCAAAUCUGUUCCUACAAGCUUCAUGAGAAGCAGCAGCCUGGCAGGGAAACCCAUUAACCCUGGCAGAUGGGAUGUCCGUGACUUCACCUCUUUGAACAUUGGGUUCUUCUGGCUAGUGGUGACUGCAGCAUCCAAAUCUCAGUAUCUUUCGUAUGCUGUGGCACAAAUAGAUCUUAAGGAAGCUGAAACUCCAGAGAUUGAGGCAGCUGGCACUUCUUAUUUGAGAACACAAGUGCUUUUGUUUAGUACCAUUUUGGGGGCUUUCUUUUCUGCUGCCAGGUUUUUCCCCCAAGCAGUGAAUGAAAACAAUGAGGAACUACUGUUGUGCAUUAAUUUUAAGUAACUCUAAAUGCUGAACUGUUGGGUUGCUCACAGCUUUUCCUGCUGUGUAAAUGUCAAGACAAGCCUGUGUCAUUUGUCUUUCAGAGCUGGAGAGGAUAAUCCUUUGGUAUUCUGUUGCAAGACUGUUGCUUGUGGCUUUGCAUCACUUUACCUGUUGCUGCAGGUUACGCUGCUGCAUGGUUUACUCUUAAAGCUCCAAAUCUGCUGACUCAAAAUCUUAACGUACUGGCAGACAAGCUGGCCACUACACAAAAAAGAAGAAAACCUGUUUCUCAUGUAAAUAUUGGGGGGUCUUGGAUAAUUUUUUGUGGAUUAUCUAGUGAGCAAAACUUUUGCUUGGGAUAAAAUAAUGGGGGGUGGGUGCACAAAGUUGCUGUUGAAUUCCUGUGGGAAUUCAGCAGAUUGGUCACAUAAAUUCAGUGUUUGCUCCUGCUGCUUUUUAGGGAAAAUGUGCUUCUGUACUUGUUUACACAAAAUGAAUUGAAGCUUUUUCUUCUUUAUAUUGCCAUUUACCUUUUCUUCAGUCUUAAGCACUGUGGGUUGUGGCUGCACAGUUAAGGCACUCUGCCCUAAAUGCUGAAGGCUUUGUUGUUGCUGUGCAGUGUGUGGGAGGGCUGUAUGAUAGAAUCAUAGAAUGGUUUGGGUUGGAAGUGACCUUAAAGAUCAUCCAGUUCCAACCCUGCUGCCAUGGGCAGGUUCAUCUCCCACUGGAUCAGGUUGCUCAAAGCCUCAUCCAACCUGGCCUUCAGCACCUCCAGGUACAGGGCAUCCACAACUCUGGACAACUUGUGCCAGUGCCUCACCACCCUUACAGGAUAGCAUUUCUUCCUACUAUCUAAACUAAACCUCCCCUCUUUCAGCUUAAAACCAUUCUGCCUCAUCCUGUCCCUGCACUCCUUGAUAAAGAGCACCUCCUCAGCUUUCCUGUAGGCUCUUUAGGUACUUGAAGGCUGCUAUAAGGUCUCACCAGAGCCUUCUCUAGACUGAACAACUCCAACUCUCUCAGCCUGUCCUCGGUACUGGAGGUGCUCCAGCCCUAACAUCAUCUCCAUGGCCUGCUCUGGACUCACUCCAACAGCUCCAUGUCAUUCCUGUGCUGAGGACUCCAGACCUGAAUGCAAGGCUCCAGGUGAGGUCUCACAAGAGGAAAGGAGAGGGGCGGAAUCCCAUCCCUUGCCCUGCUGGUCCCACUUAUUUUGAUGCAGCCCAGGAUAAAGUUGGCUUUCUGGGCUGCAAGCGCACAUUGCCAGUUCAUGUUGAGCUCGUCAUCCACCAACACACCUGUUUUCCCUGAAGAACUGAUGACAUUGCUACUAGAGUGAAAAGGAUUCUCUCUGUUUUUUAUUUAAUCAGGUGUUUCAAGGAGAAAAUAGCAAUUUGGACUACAGUGGGCUAAGUACAGGACUUUGGUUUCUACAGUCCCAUAUGUGUGGGAAGUCGGCAGGGAGGAAGCUGUGCCUUGCAAGGAAAAAGGUCUUUCUUUUACCUAUCCUAUAGGGGACACUUGCUCAACAUCAAAUACACAAAGUAUUCUGGCUGAAUUGCCAGCAGCUGGCAAGGCUGUCAUUUCACAAUGGGGAAGAUUAUGGCAGUGCUGAAUUAGAAUGAUCCUGUUCUGCUUCACCUCUUUUUUUAACUCCUCAUUUGGCUGGUCCAGCCUUUCGUGAUUCCACAUAGGACACUGGAUUGAAAAAACUUGUAAGGAAAAGUAACCCAACCAAAAGAGAAAAGCCCUGAAGCCCGAGUUGGCUUUUGUGGUGUUAAUUACUAAAAGUAUCAUGAUAUGUUUAAGUCACACAGAAGAUUUGUAAGGUGAAAACCUAUGUGGCUCAAUAAGCUGUCAUCUAAGGCUCUAUUGCUGCAACUGCAUCCUCAUGUAGACUGGAAGGAUGAUUGAUUUAUUUAUUUUAUUUAGGUACAGGACUGGAAUUCGAGAGACUGAAGUCCUGGUCCUGUCACUGCCACAGAUUGCUGGUGUCAUCUCAAGUGAGUUAUUGCUUCUGCACC